CACAUUGGCCACUGUGUGUCCGCUGAUCAGUCGCUUGGAGGGAAUCGUGGGGCUUGGAUACAAAGUUACAGAGCGGCCAGACGGAGAUAUAUUGUGUCCGGAGAGGGGAUUCACUGCACGUCGGAUCAGUGCCACUGGGAAGGCCGCUUCCUCCCCGCUCAGGUUCUAUGGGAACAGCCUCAGCCCCGGCUCUGGCCCGGGAUCCCGCUCCAGCCCGGCUAGCUGCACCCUGAGCCCGGCUCCCGAUCUGCGCUUCAGUGGUAGCGACAUUCGGACCCUCAGCACCCUAACCUCGCAAAGGAGACCCGAUCCGUAGUCGCCCUACUUCCCAGGACCGCCACCCUCUAACAAGCUCCUAAUCACCGUUCGGGACCGCGACCCCCACCACCCUCCCCUCCACACUCCGACAGUCCCUAAAGGACGGCGCGUCCACCGGCAUCAUUCGCCCCACCCUCCGCAGAACCUGCUCUUCGGUCAAACACACAGCACCUCCUGCCGUGCCCACCUCCCUUUUCCCGCAUCCCCUACCUCUCACUCCUUCCACAGAACACUCCGCCGCUCCAGGUAGCUAUCCCUCUGUGCUACCCGGGACCUUUCACCCCAGCACCCUCAUCCCAACUCUCCCCACGAACAACUUGGGUUUCAUUUCUCCUCCUCUUUGACUUUGGUUCCCUUUCGCAGUCCCUACACGUUCUUUUCCUCUUUCCCCAUUGUCCUCUGGUCGCCCCCACCUGCCCCUUCCUAGGAUUAAUUUCCCAAGAAUUUUGAACCCGAUCCUCCAUCUCCAUCCCCUGCACUGCCACUUCAUCCUUUCUCCUCGCCUCAUUGCCCUCCCUGGUCCUUCCUCUUAAUACUUCCUCGCGUCUUCGCCCAGUUUCAUGAUGGAGGAAUGGCGCCAGUGUGGUCGCUGGCUCAUUGACUGCAAGGUGCUGCCCCCAAAUCACCGUGUGGUGUGGCCAGCAGCCCAGGUCUUUGACCUGGCACAGGCGCUGAGAGAUGGAGUACUGCUCUGUCAGCUUCUGCACAACCUGAGUCCUGGGUCCAUCGAUCUCAAAGACAUCAACUUCAGGCCACAAAUGUCCCAGUUUCUGUGCCUGAAGAACAUCCGAACUUUCCUGAAAGUUUGUCAUGACAAAUUUGGACUGAGGAACAGUGAGCUCUUUGACCCGUUUGACCUGUUCGACGUGAGGGACUUUGGGAAGGUUAUCUCAGCCAUCUCCAGGAUUUCCCAUCACACCAUUGUCCAGAGCAAAGGCAUCAGGCCCUUCCCCACGGAGGAGACGGCAGUGGAUGACGAUGAUGUCUAUCGCAGCCUGGAGGAGCUGGCCGACGAGCACGACCUGGGAGAGGAUAUUUACGACUGUGUUCCGUGUGACGAUGACGGUGACGAUAUAUACGAGGACAUCAUCAAGGUGGAAGUCCGGCAGCCAAUGAUUAGGUACAUGCAGAAGCUGGGAAUGACAGAGGAUGACAAGAGGAACUGCUGCCUCCUGGAGAUCCAAGAAACUGAGGCCAAGUAUUACAAAACGCUGGAGGACAUUGAGAAGAAUUACAUGAUCCCAUUAAAGGCUGUCCUGAACCCCCAGGAAAUGGAAGCUAUCUUCAUUAAUCUGGAGGAAUUAAUCCGUGUGCAUUACAGUCUACUGAGAGCCAUCGAUCUGGCUGCAAUCUCGGGAGGCUACACACUCUAUAAAGUCUUUCUGGAUUUCAAAGAGCGGCUAUUGAUAUAUGGCAAGUACUGCAGCCAAAUGGAGACUUCACAAAAGACCUUGGACCAGCUCAUGGCAUCUCGGGAAGAAAUAAGAAACAAGAUUGAAGAGUGUACCUUGAAAGUUCAGGAAGGGAAGUUUAAACUGCAAGAUCUGCUGGUGGUCCCCAUGCAGCGCAUUUUGAAGUAUCACCUCCUGCUGAAGGAGCUGCUGAGUCACUCCAGUGACCGCCCCGAGAAGCAGCAGCUGAAGGAGGCACUGGAGGCGAUGCAGGAUCUGGCUAUGUAUAUCAAUGAAGUUAAAAGAGACAAUGAGACACUGAAGAAGAUCUCUGAAUUCCAGUGUUCCAUUGAGAACCUUCAAACGUCGCUGGCAAGUUAUGGGAGACCAAAGAUUGAUGGUGAAUUGAAGGUCUGCUCCACAGUUAACAGAACAAAACAGGAUCGGUACCUCUUCCUCUUUGAUAAGGCGGUGAUUGUAUGUAAGCGGAAAGGUUACAACUACGAGCUGAAGGAGAUAAUUGAUCUACAGGCUCAUAAAAUGACCGAUGACCCCAUGAAUAACAAGGAUUUGAGAAAGUCCCAUGGGAAAAUGUGGUCCUACGCAUUUUAUUUAAUUCACCUCCAGGGCAAGCAGGGGUUCCAGCUGUUCUGCAAAACAGAGGAAAUGAAGAGGAAGUGGAUGGAGCAGUUUGAAAUGGCAUUAUCAAAUAUUAAACCUGAGAAAGCAACAGCAAAUUAUCAUAAUUUCCAAAUGACGACGUUUGACAAAUUCACAAACUGUAAAGCCUGCAAGAUGUUGUUAAGAGGGAUCUUUUACCAGGGGUACACUUGUUCCAAAUGUGGGGCUGGAGCUCACAAAGAAUGUCUGGAGACAGCAGCACAAUGCAAGUUAAACACACCAGUUGAUGAUCUGGAUGGAGGGCAACAGCCAUCUGCAGGUCCUAGAAUGCUUGCAAUCCGUUCCUACCAAGGCAGCCCCCCUCCACCCAUUGGAAAACCGGUCCUCAGUUUUCAGACUGGGGAAGUCAUUGAGCUACUCAAGGGAGAUCCAGAGUCAACGUGGUGGGAGGGGAGGGUAUUACAGACCAAACGAUCUGGUUAUUUUCCAAGCUCAUCUGUGAAGCCUUGUCCAGUUGACUGCCGACAUGUUAUUAAAGCACCUUCAAAAGACCUUGACUACAGCACAUACCCUUGGUUUGCAGGUAACCUUGAGCGAGGUCAGGCCGAUAACCUCCUAAAAUCACAUGUUAGUGGCACAUAUCUUAUUCGUGAGCGGACAGCUGCGGAGGCCGAGAGGUUUGCAAUUAGUAUCAGGUUUAAUGACGAGGUGAAACACAUUAAAGUUGUAGAGAAGGACAAUUGGAUCCACAUCACUGAGGCCAAGAAGUUUGAAAGUCUCCUGGAGCUGGUAGAAUAUUACCAGACACACUCACUGAAAGAGAGCUUCAAGCAGCUGGAUACGGCAUUACGCUUUCCAUACAAACAACGGGAUAAGACCGUUCAGCGUUCAAACUCACGGACACAUGCCUCUUCCUCCUCCUCUUCCCACAACUUUGCUUUCCUUAGUCCUCAGGGCUUCAGUGUUGGUUCUCAGAAUUCUACUCCUUUCUGGUCAGUGUUCAGUCCUCGACCCAUUGGUAUGGCAAUAGCACGAUAUAAGUUUGCAGCCCGUGACAUGCGAGAGCUCUCGCUGCGAGAAGGAGACACAGUGAAGAUCUACAGCAAGAUUGGAGGUGACCAGGGAUGGUGGAAAGGUGAAGCAAAUGGCAAGAUUGGUUGGUUUCCCUCAACGUAUGUUGAUGAGGAAGGAAUGCCAUGAUUGGUGGAUGCAAUAUUGCCCAUUCCAGAAGAACACGGCAUGCACAUCUGAUGUCCAAACCCGGAGAGUGCUGAUGGCAAAGUUUUUCAUGACCCUUACUGCUUUUUCUGUUGAUACCUUUCCUAACUUUCAGACUGAUAGCCAAUAGUAUCCAAUUGUUGUAUAUAAGUUCCUUUUACAGAAAAAGAACAGAAGUAAUUUUCAGUAGUGUGUGCAGAGGCAUGAGUGUACUUUGUGUGGAAAUGUGUGUGUGUUUGUGUGCAUUCCUGGGAGAAAGGGUUGCAUGUGACAUGAGAGUUUUUAGGAUGUAUGGGGUAUUAUUGAUGUGUGCCUUUUAUUGUGAGAAUCCUUUUUAAAAUCAUUGUACUUAUUUUACCAAUGCCACAAUGUAUGUGAAUAUUUUAAGGGACAUUUUUAGGCUGUUGCCAAUGUAUAUAUUUGGGUUCAUUGUGGGUUGAAUGCAAUUCUAGUUAAAAUUAUCACUGAAUUUGUUUAGGAAUGAAUUGAAAAUGUAAAUUGGUACAAUUUUUUUUGCACUGUUAACCUAGAUAAUGCAGCUGGUUUGGAGAGAAACUGGGAUAAUCGGAUUCCUGGUAUGCUGCUUGUAGGAAAGAACCAGGGCAUGGAUUUCAGUGCAAGUCACUGGAGUUUGGGGCAGAGAAGAUGACUGGACAGAGAUUACAACUCAGACUGUAAAUGUAAACUUAAAACAACAAA